AUGUCCACCCUCACACACGGUGGCAGAAUUGUGCCCAUACUUACGGGUCACCAACAACACCAACACCUCGACUCCACCACCCCAAUCCCGGAUGUACUAGAAAGCCACUCUCCUCCGGUGGCAAUUGACCAGUCCUCGCUGCUGGAUCAGCGAGUGGACUCUGAAGACAGGCGUCAAAACAGAGCUCUUGACCACAAGUGUUUGGCGAUGUCUUGUCUAACGGAACGCGGCCUUUUUGCUCUGCCAACAGAAGGAGAUGGCAAUUGUCUCUACUAUUCUCUCUCCGAUCAACUGUAUGGCAACUUCCAGCAUGGUGACGAGAUUCGCCAACUUCUCGCACGCCACAUAGCCAAUAAUAAGGAGUAUUUUAUGCAAUUCAUCGUUGCUGAGGGCGGCGAGCGCCGUCGUCCCAAGCGAGCCGCCGUCUCCGCGUAUGCUACGCGUUCUGCCGAUGUAGCAGCUCCUUCAGAGGAGGACAAAGAGCGUCGGUUCGAAGAAAUGGUGGCUGCAACUCGUAAGAACGGCGAAUGGGGAAAUGCCGAGCACCUGCAGGCAUUUUGUCAAGUCUACCGCGUCGACAUCAAUGUCUACACCACAGAUGGUGUUCAGGCAUUCCGAGACGUCAAUGCCUCGCAUGAUGAACACCGAGAUGUGAUCCACGUUGCUUUUCACGACUUUAAACAUUAUUCUUCGGUGCGGGUAUUAGAUGACCACCACCAAGGGCUCUUUGCUAGGCCACAAACCCUGGACCGGUCUCCCAUACUGUCAAAAGGGACCGAUGCAGAUCCCAAGGUGUGCAUUCUCCCUGACUCGAAAGAUCAGGUUCUCGACACGACGGACACCACCGCAUCAACUACAGACACCGACAACCUCAAAAACAUCAAUUCCACCGCCGACGCCUGCUAUACUACCUAUGACCCUGCUCUGAAAGAUACCGGCCUGGCUGUCGACGUUUUUCCUCCCUGGGACAUCCAAUCCAUUCAAGAUGGCCUUGGUGGUCGAUAUGACCGCGACACCAUCGUGGACAUGCUGCAGAAAUGUCGCGGUGACAUUGACCGAGCAUUCGCUGCUCUCCUCGGCGAAAACAACGAACCCACAGAGAAAACGUUGGGCCCAGGUCCCAACUUCAAACCCAGUCUCCAGGUAUCGCGGGAGUCGUCUCCCUUCAGCACUGGCAGCAAGCGUUCUGCGGACGACAGCGACGACUCUGAGGAUCCACGUCCAGCUGUUCGACGAGGCCGACCAAGGAAGCGGAUGGUCUCCAACCUUACCUUAGGCGUUGGUAUCUCCUUUCGAGACGACCAGAACGAGCUCGUUUCGCUAAAUUUACGGAUGAAAGCAGAUGCUGAAAAGGCAGAAAAGGCACACGCCGUCCUGGAGGACCAGGAGGUCGCUAUUCCAGAACAAUCGGAGGAGGCCGCCAAAAGGGGCCCUCGUCGCAGCGGCCGCCUUUCGAAGCCUCGGUCGGCUUAA